UGGAGAGCAGCCCGAGCGAUUGCACGGACCCUGCUCCUUCGAUGCCCCCACGCUGAUGAUGUGAAGCGCAAGGUGGGGGUGAUGAUCGACGACGGACCACUCCUGCCCAUCGUCGAGCUCGCCGUGCUACUCGCCGAGAUGGUGAUCAUCCCUCUCGAUGCCGGAGACCCUCGCGAUGCCAACACCUCUCAGAUCGCCCACGAGGCCAUUCGUGCAUCAGAGAUUGCACCAUCACCGCUCGUCCUGACCAUCGCGUCCACCACCGGUGCGAUCGACCCUGGCGCCACCUUCAUCCUCACCCAGGACGACCGCCGACGCGCCAUUAACGACAAGGAGAGUAAAGAGGACAAGAACGAAGAUGAUGAGUUCUCUUUCGCUUCACCUUCGUCCACGUCGUCGGCUUCUGUCUCACACAUCUUCUUCACCUCCGGCAGCACGGGCCGGCCCAAGGGCUGCGUGGUCGCCCACUCGGCCCUGCUCUCCUACUGCCGGGCCAAGAGCCAGGUCCACCGGGUCGACGAGAGCAGCGUCUGCUUCGUGGCCUCGUCGCUCACCUUCGACCCCUCGCUGGGCGACUUCUUCUCCACCUGGUGCUCCGGCGGCGUCGUGGCGCUGGCGCCCCGGAGCCUCAUCUUCUCUUCCCUCGGCGCCUGUCUCUCCGCCACCCACGCCACACAUCUUCUCACCUCCCCAUCGCUCUUCAGCACCAUCACUCGUCCACCAUCAUCUUCAGCACUAUCGCCAGCCUCAUCAUCCACAUCGUCGUCGGACUGGCUGCCAGAGCUGCGUGUGGUGGCGCUGGGCGGCGAGCCGAUGCCGCGAGGGAUGAUGGAGGCCUGGUCGGCCGAGUGCCGGCUGUCGGUCAUCAACACGUACGGCGUCACCGAGUGCUGCGUGUACCAGACCGCGGCCUUCCUGCGCCCCGACUCGCCCACGCCCAAGUUGCUCGGCGACCCUCUCCCGGGUAACCAAGUCUUGGUCAUGCGUAGGAAAGCCGCCGCCUGCGACGACGACGAGCCGGUCGUGAGCCACGACGAUAUUGCCGACAUGCGACUGGUGGCAGAGGGCAGUGGUGAGGAGGGCGAGCUCUGGAUCGCCGGCGACCAGGUGGGUCAGGGCUAUCUCAACAUGCCGGAGCUCACGGCACGCAAGUUCGUGGUCCACCCGACCUAUGGCAGGUGCUUCCGAACGGGCGACCUUGUCGCCGCGUUCCCGGCGGGCGCGCCGGGCUGGAAGCUGGUCGGCCGGAGCGACGGGCAGGUCAAGAUCAGCGGCCAGCGCGUCGAGCUGGGCGAGAUCGAGGAGGCCCUUCUCGCCGUGGCCUCGCCCCAACUCAUCCACUCCGCCGCCGUCGUUCUCUCCUCUCUCGGCGGCCACGGCCAGAGGGGCGAGAGCGGCCAGCUGGUCGCGUACUGCUGCAUCGAGCUGCCAUCUGGUUCGGCGAUCGCCGCUGCAUCGCACGAGGAGCUUCUGUCGGAGCUGCUGCGCCUGUUGUGCGAGGAGCGACUUCCGCGACACAUGGUUCCCUCCCGGUUCGUCUUCGUCGCGAGCCUCCCGACGACACGCACCGGAAAGAUCGCGCGGGCGCUCCUCGCCAAGCAGGACCUCCCUCCGCUCCACUUCGCCUCUUCGACGUCGUCACAGGCAUCAUCGUAUGAAGAGGCCGGCCAGAGCGACGAGGUGGACGACUUCUGGAGGAAUCUGGUGGCGGCAACGUGGGGCCGGGUGCUGGGGCUCGAGGGCCUGGUGACGGCUCGUGCCAACGCCCACUUCAUGGAGCUGGGCGGCGACUCUCUUGCGGCCCUUCGCGUAUGCCAGUCGAUCGCAGGGCAGAUCAACGACGCGCGACAGAAGAAGCCGACGGCCGAGGUGACCAAGUCGACGGCCAAGACCAAGGCCAAGCCUUCGCCGAAGGCCACGACCGGCGGCGACAAGGAAGAAGAAACCGCCGCUGCCGCUGGCGAGUUUGGGGAGUUGCUGGGUCCACUGGCCCCCGCGGAGCUUCUCAAGCGACCACGGCUCUGGGACUUUGCUCGGCACCUGCGCGAGGCCGGAGGAGACGAUCAGAGCGCCAGACAGCCAGCCUCCUCCCCAUUGGCAGCCACGGCCGAGCUGCGGUCUCGAGAUGCCGAGCUGCUGCGGAUGCUGUACCGUGCUGUGGGCGCCGGCGCGCAAUCGAUCGUGCGAUUCCUCCUGGACCACCGAUGCCUGCACCCCGAUGGGCGGCAGCAGGGGGUCGGCGCAGCGGGAGGCAAAGCGACAGCGGCGGCUGCCUCGAAAGGGUCUGCCUCGCGAGGCGCGGGUUCGAGCGGCGCCCGUCCCGCUUCCGCGUCUCCGGCUCCUCGGCGCUACCUGACUCCGCUUCACGUCGCGUGCGCCAACGGCCACGCUAACGUCGCGCUCGAGCUGCUGGCCCGAGGGGCCUCGCCGACCAUCGCCGAUCCGAGCGGCGUGCAGCCGAUUCAUCUCGCGGCCCAGAAGGGUCCCGUGGAGGUGUUGGACGCUCUCCUGACCUCCUCUUCGACUUCAUCCUCGUCCUCGUCCGCUUCGGCGAAGAAGGCCAAGGCGGCGGUGAACCCGAGCGUGCUGAUGGCCAAGGACGACAACCAGCAGACGGUGCUCCACCACGCCGCGAGGGCCGACGCCCCGGGCAAGGUGAUGGACCACCUGCUCGAGAAGUGGAUGGCAGCGGGCGCAGCCACCUCGAAGGGGACCACGACCACGGCCACAAAGGGCGGACGAGGCGGUGCAACAACAUCGGCGAGAGGAGCAGGAGGAAGUGGAGGGGCCGGCGCGGGUGGUGUCGAUUGUGUCGACAGAUGGCGACGGACGCCCCUGCACUGGGCCGUGGUGAACGGCCACCGGACGAUGGUGGCGAAGCUGCUCGAGUGCGGCGCCGACCGGAAGAAGGUGGACGACAAGGGCGAGACGCCGCUGGCGAUUGCCGAGCGGAGGGCGCGGUGCGGGGCCAAGGAGCGCCCGGAGGGCAUGGGCGCCUCGGUCUUCGGCGACAUCGCCAAGCUGUUGGGCGGCUCCGGCUCCACCAAGCGAGUGUCCAUGUACACACGAGAAGGUUGA